CUCCCUCCGGCCUCCAAGUCGCGCACUAGACAAGCCACCCCCGUGCCUCCUCUGCAUCGUAAUCGAGCCUCGUCUGGCUCCUCCUCCGCGCCUCCUCUCAGUCCCACAUGCUCGUGUAUGGAGUUCAUGGCACAGUGCAACUCACGCAAGGCGAGGGAAUCAAACCCUGCGUGCCAGGUGGAGGUGAAGCGCCGAACCGACGAACACCCGUCGCAGAUCACGGUGACCUUCGUGAACGGCGUCGAGCAAGCCUUCGAUGCGACCUCAACCCCUGCACAGAGCAUAAGGACCAUGAUUCUUGAAAAAGGCCAAACCCUAGAGACCGAGCAGAUGUUCCGAGAAGCUGGUGAGUCAUGGCCCGUCAUCAUUCCCAAAGAAGAGCUAUCUCAGCCCGCACCUGGCGUCAAGCCCAGGAAAGCAGAGGAGAAGAAGCAAUAGUCAUGUAUUGUUGAACCUACCAACAGCCAGAAAAUGUUCCAAUUUUCUCACACAUUCUCUCCUUUCUUUUUGGCAGGGAGAGUACAUAAUGAUCACGGCUGUUUUGUGCUUUGCUGUAUUUUAGAGUUGAAUUAUUGAUAUUGAUUAAACAAAUAUGCAUAUGACUCGUGUAUAAUUAUUGUUUCUGAAUGUAAAAUUUUGAAACUGCAGUAAUUUCAUCCUAGAAUUUGGUAAGGAAAUAUGCUCAUGGUGUUCUGUUUUAAUUAAGGAAAUAUGCUGUUAUAUGCAGAAGUUGUUUUGGCUCAUGGUGUUCUGUUUUAAUUUUGAUUUUAUUCUGA